AUGACGAGUCCAAAGGACGAAGGAGAGCGAAAGAUAACCAAAGCCGGAGCAGGGGUCCUAGGGGCCCAAAAGCACAAGGAGCUCCAGUCAGGAAGAGAGGCUGGUGAAGGUCUGGCCCCUCUUAGCACCCGCCCGAACAAAAGACGUGCCGAAGACAGUGAUACAAUGAGUGUCGGAUCAUCUCGUGCUUCGAAACCGAAAGCAGGCCUCAGCAAAAAGCGAAGACGACUUGAUCUCAACAAACCCGGUGCUUCCGACUCCGGAUCUCCUCGCAUGCUAUCUGAAAAUCCUUCGUUAAAGUCUGCUAGCAAGGGAUCCAAGAUGACCGACGUGCUAUCAGAGGCCAACAGACCAAAAGUCCUACCCAAGCACCUGCCGGGGCUCAAAUCGUCAGAUGAUCAAGUUCACUUGCCAGCAGUGCUAACCCUUCGCAACGGAACAACGAUUACCCUCACCUAUGAGCGAACCGCAGCUCAAGCAUCCGAGAGGACGAGGACUUCUGGGAGCAGGUGA